GACUUAGAUAACUUAAAACCCUAACGCCAAAACCUCGAAGAGGGAGAAGUGAAGGCAGAGCUGGCCGUGAGAGUAUUGUUGGGUUAGGCUUAAGUCUUCAUCUUCGUAGAAUAGAACAGAAAAGAAGCAGAGGGAUAAGGAACAAAUGGGUAUAUUUGAACCUUACAGAGCAAUUGGAUGCGUCACAAGCACCGUCCCCUUCUCUGUUCAGAGACUUGGCACUGAAACUUUCGUCACUGUCAGCGUUGGAAAAGCUUUUCAGAUUUAUAACUGUGCAAAGCUCAAUUUGGUUCUCGUUGGUCCUCAAAUGCCAAAGAAGAUUACUGCUCUAGCUUCUUACCGGGAAUACACUUUUGCUGCAUAUGGAAACAACAUUGCAGUUUUCAAGCGUGCCCAUCAGGUUGCAACUUGGAGCAGCCAUAAUGCUAAGGUUAAAUUGCUCCUGUUGUUUGGAGAACAUAUAGUCAGUGUUGAUACUCGCGGGAACAUGUUCUUGUGGGCAUUUAAGGGAAUUGAUCAGAACCUUGUUCCAUUUGGGCAUAUUACACUGGAUGAGAAAUUUAGCCCCAGCUGUAUAAUGCAUCCGGAUACUUACCUAAAUAAGGUUCUUAUUGGAAGUGAGCAAGGUCCUUUGCAGCUUUGGAACAUUAGCACGAAGAAAAAAAUUUUUGAGUUUAAGGGAUGGAAUUCGCCUAUCUCCUGUUGUGUUUCAUCCCCUGCCCUAGAUGUUGUUGCUGUUGGCUGUGCAGAUGGAAGGCUUCAUGUUCACAAUAUUCGUUAUGAUGAAGAGUUGGUUACAUUUACACAUUCUACGCGUGGUUCUGUGACUUCCUUAUCUUUCAGCACUGAUGGCCAGCCCCUUCUAGCUUCCGGAGGUUCAUCUGGUGUUAUAAGCAUAUGGAAUCUGGAAAAACAAAGGCUCCAGUCAGUUGUAAGAGAGGCUCAUGAUAGUGCAAUCACGUCCCUACAUUUUUUUGCUAAUGAACCAGUGCUAAUGAGUGCAUCAGCAGACAACUCUAUAAAAAUGUGGAUUUUUGAUACAAGUGAUGGUGAUCCUCGCCUUUUGCGUUUUCGAUGUGGGCACAGUGCUCCUCCCCUUUGCAUAAAGUUUUAUGCUAAUGGAAGACAUAUUCUUUCUGCUGGUCAGGAUCGUGCCUUUCGCCUUUUCUCUAUAGUCCAGGAUCAACAAAGCAGGGAGCUGUCUCAACGGCAUGUUUCCAAACGGGCUAAGAAACUUAAAGUGAAGGAGGAAGAAAUAAAAUUGAAGCCCGUGAUUGCAUUUGAUUGCGCUGAAAUUAGAGAACGUGAUUGGUGCAAUGUGGUUACUUGUCAUAUGGAUACUGCCCAGGCUUAUGUGUGGAGACUCCAGAAUUUUGUUCUUGGUGAGCAUAUAUUGAAUCCAUGCCCUGAAAAUCCAACACCUGUAAAGGCUUGUGCCAUCAGUGCUUGUGGCAACUUUGCCUUUCUAGGGACUGCAGGUGGUUGGAUUGAAAGGUUUAACCUUCAAUCUGGAAUUCGCAGGGGUGCUUACAUUGACAUGUCAGAGUCAAGAAGUUGUGCUCAUGAUGGUGAAGUAGUUGGAGUUGCGUGUGACUCAACAAAUACUCUCAUGAUAAGUGCAGGAUACCAAGGAGAUAUAAAGGUUUGGGAUUUCAAAGAAUGUUGUCUUAAAUCCAGAUGGGAGAUUGGUUGUUCUCUUGUUAAGAUUGUUUACCAUCGUUAUAAUGGUCUCCUGGCUACAGUAGCAGAUGAUUUAACAAUACGAUUGUUUGAUGUUGUGGCUCUUAGACUUGUUCGUAAAUUUGAAGGUCACACUGAUCGUAUAACAGAUUUGUGCUUCAGUGAGGAUGGGAAGUGGCUUCUGUCAUGUAGUAUGGAUGAAAGUCUUAGAAUUUGGGAUGUAAUCUUAGCAAGACAGAUAGAUGCAAUACAAGUUGAUGUACCUAUCACGGCACUAUCUUUGUCCCCAAACAUGGAUAUAUUAGCAACUACCCAUGUUGAGCAAAAUGGGGUAUACCUAUGGGUAAACCAGGCAAUGUUCUCUAGUACUUCAAAUGUUGAUUCAUAUGCAAGUGGAAAAGAGGUUGUGAGUGUCAAGUUGCCAUCUAUCUCUUCGACAGAACAUUCUAAAGUUGAGCAUUCUGAUGAGUUGGUGAAUGCCUCUCAACCUAAAAAUGCUCUGGAUUUCACAGCUGAAGAUAAGCAAAUACCAGAAUUAGUUACACUUUCAUUGCUGCCUAAGAGCCAGUGGCAGAGCUUGAUCAAUUUAGACAUUAUAAAGGUUCGCAAUAAGCCUAUCGAGCCUCCCAAAAAACCUGAAAAGGCUCCGUUCUUCUUGCCUUCAGUUCCAUCCCUCUCUGGGGAAAUAUUGUUCGAGUCUGGUAAUGUAUCAGUAAAGGAGAAUGAUGGAGCAGGUGAUGGAAAACAAACAAAGAAAUUGGAUAUGCUACCGUCGUCCCAUUUUUUGUAUCUUCUUCAAUGUUCCAAAGAGACAGACAAUUAUGCAUCAUUCACGGAUUAUAUCAAAGGAUUAUCUCCAUCAACUCUGGAUAUGGAACUUCGAAUUUUUCAGAUCAUUGAUGAUGUUGAGCAGCAAGAAGCAGAGAAGAGACCUGAGUUGGCAUCAAUUGAACAGCUUCUUGAUUAUUUUAUUCAUGAGCUUUCCUGCAGAAAUAAUUUUGAGUUUCUACAAGCUGUCAUCAGGCUGUUUUUGAAGAUACAUGGUGAGACUAUUCGGCAGCAGUCAUGCUUACAAGAAAAGACUAGGAAACUUCUGGAUAGUCAGUGCAUGGUAUGGCAGAGGGUAGAUAAAUUAUUUCAGAGUGUGAGGUGUGUGGUUGCGUUUCUUAGUAAUUCCCAAAUUUAGGAGUGACAAACCCUCAACUUGCUAAUGCCAAUCCUCUGUAUGAUCGCGAAGGCAGAAGAACGAUACAAAUUUGUUCUAGAUUUCUUUUCCUAGGAUUGACAGAAAAACCAGGGCAGAAGAUUUGUUUAAAGCUGGUGAAUGAGAUUUGCUAUUUUUUUCAUUAUCAAGAUUUUGAGGGUGAUCAUGACGGGGAAUUCUUGUAACGGGACAAAGUAUUAUGGUAUACUCAUCAUACUAGAGCAAUUUUGUAACGCACAUUUUUGUAUCAGCCAAACUGCAAUUUACAUAUUCCAACAGUGCUUCAUUCAAUAGAAAUUACCAGCGUCUAUGCACCUUUUUAGC